AUGGCCAAGUGUGGGGAAUUCGAAGCCAAAAAAGCCACCGGCUCUGUCCGGGAAAUUGCGAGGGUCAAAGAACCCAAAGAACCCAAGGAACCCCGGGUCGUGGACAGCUUGGACACUUACUUACUUCUGGGAAGCUGGAAACAAUGUUGGUUUCAAUGGCUCCGGGGAGGAAGACUUGUACGCGGUACAAACUCAGGGUCUUGCGGGGCAGAGAAGCACGGGAUUGUGGCUUGGCUGCCUGGAACACCCAACUUUUACACCAUCCACAGCAUCCCACAACUGAUAUACCCCCUACUUCCAACCUCGUUGUUAUAUUCUACCAAGUGGUUAUUGAAGCUCGUCUUCAUGUCUCCAUACCUCGCCGUCGCCAUUUUCCAUCCUCGCUAUGGCAACUUCCAACACUGGGCCCUGCACCUGCACACCGACACCGAGGAUCACCUGUUCGAGGUGGACGGGGAACAUCCAGGUUUCACCGAAGUUUCCUCCCACGUCCACCCCCGGGAUAUCCCCAUGUAUAUCCAGUCAAAUAGGGCCUCAGCCGUUGGUAACGUGGACGUCCCCACCAUCCAGGCCGUUGUGGACGCCACCCCAGUGGACAACGAGACCCUGGAGUGGGACUGCCAGGACUACGUGCUUGAGAUACUUGAGGGAUGUGAGCGCGAGGCGGUCAUCGACGAUGACGAUGCUGAUUAUGUCGAGGCCAUGGAGAUUCUGCGCAACAAGCGCGGUCCAAUUCUCUGA